AUGGCGCGCAUCUCGUUCUUCCCCCUCCUCGCGGCACUCAUCGCCGUCGUUGCCCUUUUCCUCGCCGCCCCGGCGCAGGCUGCCAAGGGCCCCGUCAUCACCAACAAGGUGUACUUUGACAUCGAGCACGGUGGCAAGCCCCUCGGCCGUGUCGUGAUGGGUCUUUACGGCAAGACCGUCCCCAAGACCGUUGAGAACUUCCGUGCUCUCUGCACCGGCAAGAAGGAGGACGGCGAGGAGCUUGGUUUCGGUUACGCUGGCUCGAGCUUCCACCGUGUCAUCAAGGACUUUAUGAUCCAGGGCGGUGACUUCACUGAGGGCAACGGCCGUGGCGGCAAGUCGAUCUACGGCGCCAAGUUCCCCGACGAGAACUUCAAGCUCAAGCACACUGGCCCCGGCACUCUCUCGAUGGCCAACGCCGGCAAGGACACCAACGGCUCCCAGUUCUUCAUCUGCACCGUCAAGACCUCGUGGCUCGACGGCCGCCACGUCGUCUUCGGUACCGUCCUCGAGGGCAUGGACAUUGUUCACGCUAUCGAGAACGUUCCCAAGGGCGGCCAGGACCGUCCCUCCCAGGACGUUACCAUUGCUGCUUCGGGCGAGCUCCCCAUUGAGCACGACGUCGACGAGGAGGGCAACCAGGUUGACCCCGAGGCCGCUGACGACGACGUUGUCCCCAGCAUCGACUCGGCCGCCGAGGCCGCCGUCGAGUCGUACCCCACCAUCUCCAAGCCGUCCAACUACCUCAUCUUCUUUGCCGUCUUUGUCGUCGCCCCCGUUGGCGUGUACGUCUACUUCCGUAAGGGAGGCAAGGAGAAGGUCCAGGUGAUGCUGGAGAAGCAGGGGUACGCCAAGGUGUCCCCUAUUCCCCUUUAG